UCCACAUAGAAGUAUGAGUACCCCACCACAGCAUGAAGUAACGCAAACCCUGGGUCAUAAACACACCUUUAUACAUCUACAUCGCUGUUGACUUAACUGCGCACUUUUUAUAUGCGGCGAAGAAAAAACGUUCAUGUUUUGCUUUCUUUUUUUGUGGCCCGUAUCAUUUCCACUUUAAGAAGUGUCCCGUGCUCUACCAGUCCAUGCUGUCCUUAGAACAUGACUCAGUGGCAGAUAAGAUGUGGGACGAGAAGAGCGUUACAUCAAGACGGUUAUAUAGUGACAAAGACUAUACAGGGAGGGCAUCCGUUAAUUAAAGUUAGACUAUUUCUGUGUGUGAAACUCUAGUUUUACAUGGAUUGUCUUUCACACGGUCUAGUGGGAGAAACUUGCGGUCGUUCGUGAGAGGACAGAUUACUAGAAACAGUAGCAAAUAACACGGAUAUCAGCGUUUGACUCUUGAGUUACCUGUUAAUGUGGUGAUCUGGUUGAACAGCGCUGUUACUGCCGUGCUCUUGUAACAUAGCAGUUAUAACAAGUACGACUUGUUUUCUUAAAUCUAUAUCAUAACCACAUGACCUGCCCUGAAUGCGGAAGACGGAAUAUUAAAAAAAUCAGCGCGAUAAGUUGAUAAGUGAGAAAUAAUAAUUAACAACGGCACCUAAGUACUUGUAGACUGAGGACACCAGUGGUUGGCUAACACACCGGACUUUAACACCAACAAUGGCGUCAGCAGCAAACCAGCGAGGUCCUAUGUUUAAAGUGGUCCUUCUAGGCGAAGUGAACGUGGGGAAAACUACUUUCUUUUUACGUAUGAAGAAUGACAGGUUUAUCAAUGUCACAGAGGGUACACACACCAUCGACAGCUGUUCCAGGGUGUUCAACAUCAAAGGCGACCGGGUCACGUUGGCGGUGUGGGACACAGCCGGAGUAGAACGGUUCCGUACCUUAACUCAGAACUACUACCGCAAUACACACGCUGUGAUCUUGAUGUUCAGUCUGGACAACCCGUCUUCUCUCCACUAUCUGCCGAAAUGGGUAGACGACGCAGGCAGUUUCUCACCCGCUGCCCUGAAGAUCCUCAUAGGCAACAAGUCGGAUCUAUAUAGUAGUGUGGCGUCAGAUACAAUCAAAGAUUUCGCGGCGGUCUAUGACUGUGAUCUAGUAUUGCGACUGUCCUCAAAAACAGGUGAGGGUUUUAAAGAGGCUGCCGAGAAGAUAGCCGCCAAACUUUUAGCAGAGUUCAAAAGUAAACAGACUAUUCCAAGAGCUUUAUUUGGCAAAGGGACCAUAGUCGAUUUAACAGAUCAACCAGGCGCAGGACCCCAAAGCCAGUGCUACUGUUAAACCUCACACAGCAUAGACGCAUUAAAUGCGGAGAACAAAAUCAAAUCAAAUUUGUGCCAUACAAAUCAUAUUCAAUUAUGACAAAAUUUCUUACAGAAUGGUUACCUGUAGUAACUAUUUAGAUGAUUCUAUUUAAGUAAAAACCAAAUGGUUUGUAUUCAAUUGUUGCCAUGCUGAAUUCCAAGAAAUGACUGGACAUCCAUAAUAACAAAUAUAUCUAUCCAUCUCCAGUUAUCAAUAUAAACAUUGACAUGCACUUGAGCUGCCUUGGCUCAAUCUUUAUUUCCUCAAAGAUGACAUUAUAGAUAACAGAACUGAACAGUAAGCUUCAAUCCUCUUUUUUUUCUUUCCACAGUGUCUCCAAGAACAAAAAAAAGAACAUUCACAUUUCAAAGUUUUUAUUUUAGUCACGGAAUUCGUUUCUGCACUGUCAUAAGAUCAAAAGAAAUUUGCGUUGUUAUUUUCACAAACAUCUGCAAUGAUCCAGUUAAUAAAAUAAAAUAAUAGACCAUUCUCUUAUUACAAUUACUUCACUGUGUUACAUCACACUACUGACAUCAUAUUUCUUGUGAUACUCCAAACCAUGCAGAACAGUAGUUAUAUACAUAUGUACAGC